GGGCAGUUCCGGCUGCGUUUCGGGGUGCGGGGCCGCUCCCCGGGGCAGCUCCAGCGCCCCACGGGGGUCACCGUGGACAUGAACGGGGACAUCAUCAUCGCCGACUACGACAACCGCUGGGUCAGCAUCUUCUCCCCCGAGGGCAAGUUCAAGACCAAGAUCGGGGCCGGGCGGCUGAUGGGCCCCAAGGGGGUGGCCGUGGACCGCAACGGGCACAUCAUCGUGGUGGACAACAAGGCCUGCUGCGUCUUCAUCUUCCAGUCCAACGGCAAACUCGUCACCAAGUUCGGCAGCCGCGGCACGGCCGAGAGGCAGUUCGCAGGUACCGACCCCCCCGCGGCCACCGAGACCCCCCCACGUGUGCCACGGGCUCCCCCGGGAUGGGACGGCCCCGUGGGGUACCCCCACCGACCACCGGGGAUGGGGCUGGGCUCCUGUUCUGGUUCUGGGCUCCGGUUCCUGUUCUGGGUUCUUGGUUCCAGGUUCUGGGUUCAGGUUCCAGGCUCAUCCUGGGCUCCGGUUCUAGAUCUGGGUUCUGGGUUGGGGCUCUGGGCUCUGGGUCUGGGUUCAGGCUCUGGUUCUAGCUCUGUGUUCUGGAUUGGGGUUCUGCGUUCAGGUUCUGGGUUUGGGCUCUGGUUCUAGUUUUGGGCUCUGGUUCUAGUUUUGGGCUCUUGGUUCUGGGCUUGGGCUCUGGUUCUAGCUCUGGGUCCUGGGCUUGGGCUUUGCUUCUGGGCUCUGGUUCUGGGUUUGAGUUCUGGGUUUGAGUUCUAGCCCUGGGUUCUAGGCUGGGGCUCUGGUUCCAGGUUCCAGGUUUGGGUUCUGGGUUCAGGUCCUGGGCUGUGGCUCUGGGCUCUGGUUCUGGGUUUGGGCUUUGGUUCUAGUUCUGGGUUGGGGCUCUGGGCUCUGGUUCAGGGUACAGGCUCUGAGCUCUGGGCUCUGGUUCUAGUUCUGGGCUCUGGGUUGAGGUUCUGGGUUUGGUCUCUGGUUCUAGUUUUGGUCUCUUGGUUCUGGGCUCCGGAUUGGGUUCUGGGCUCUGGUUCUGGGUUCAGGCUCUGGUUCUAGCUCUGGG